GUGGAACAUUAGAUGGUAACUGAAAGAGAGUGUGAAGCAGGGGAAGUGAUCCUUAAGAAAAAAAAGGGCUAAAAUUAACCUGAGGCGAACGAGUCAGAUGGAAAAUAAAAAAAUAAUAUAAAAAAAAAAGCCGGCCUGGCACAGUAAAGCGAAAAAGGCAGGACGCCGAAUGAAAGCCGAUGGGAGGAGCAUAUCUACCCGUCAAGAGCGGGAGGCGAAGUGAUCCAAGGGCCAGAAAGAGAAGGGGAGAAUGUCCCACAUCGAACGGGCAACGUUGAAUCUAACUCCCACCCUCUGAACGCCCCAUAAAUACACCAAACCCGGCACCCACUCCACGCUCCCUUCAUUUUUACCCUCCCAAGUCCCAACAACAACUCUUCACUUUAUUUUCUUUCAAACACAAGCUUUGGUUGCGCACUGGAGUAGCGUGUGGUGCUUUCAACGGAUGUCGCCGCCGCCGGGAAUAUCCCGGUACCGGAAAACUCGAUCUGACUGAAGAAGAAAAAGCGCGCCAAAUGGAACACCAGAAGAGCGGGAGCAAGCUUACCCGAACCCACUCCUCGCUCCUCAGCUGCUCUUCCCCCGCAAUCCGAUCCUCCAUUCACAGCCUCUCUUCCAUCAUCACUGAAGACCAACACAAACACAAGCUCCUCGAUGUGGACGACAAGAAGAGCAAGAAACCCCGACCCCGACUCCGGGCCCUGGCCCAGGCCCAGGCCCAUUCCCAGGCCCACAUGUCCGCCUCCUAUUCCACUCUGGCCGUGUUUUUCCUCGGCGCCUGCUCCGUCUUGUUCUACUUCUUCUUCUUCCACGUCGAGGUCUCAGCUUCGGAGAAUUUGUUGCUAGCCUUGAUUUUUGUGGCCGUGGCGCUUUACUUUGCGUCCAAGAACAAGGGGCUUAUCCGGCACUCGUUUUCGUUGCUGAGGAAUUCGUGGGAGGAGAGUGUGCGGCGGUUGGGGCUCUCGAAGGGGGCGGGGAAGGGGGCGCGGGCGGUGCAGUGGUUCAUCGGAGAGGGGGAGGGGCGGAAGGCGAAGAUAGUGAGGGAAGGGGUGGAGUUUUACAGCAAUGGGGAUUUGUACGAGGGGGAGUUUCAUAAAGGGAGGAGUAACGGAAGUGGGGUGUACCAUUACUUCGUGAAUGGGAGGUAUGAGGGGGAUUGGGUGGAUGGCAGAUACGACGGUUACGGGAUUGAGAGCUGGGCUCGGGGGAGUCGCUACAGGGGUCAGUAUAGGCAGGGUUUGAGGCAUGGCUAUGGGGUUUAUAGGUUUUACACGGGGGAUUCUUAUUCCGGGGAGUGGUGUAAUGGCCAGAGCCAUGGCUUCGGCCUUCAGACUUGCUCCGAUGCUAGCUGUUAUAUUGGUCAGUUUAAGUAUGGCGUCAAACACGGUCUUGGAUGUUACCAUUUUAGAAAUGGAGAUAGAUAUGCUGGAGAGUAUUUUGGGGACAAGAUACAUGGAUUUGGGGUCUACCACUUUGCCAACGGCCACUGUUAUGAGGGAGCAUGGCACGAGGGUCGUAGGCAAGGUAUUGGCUCAUACACUUUUCGAAAUGGGGACCGAAGAUGUGGUGAAUGGGAUGCUGGUAACCUCAAGCAAUCUCUACCGCCACUGUCUGAUGCGGUUCUUCGAGCAGUUCAGGCUGCUAGGAAAACAGCUGAGAGUGCUAUAAACCUUAAACGGGUGGAUGACCAGGUUAACAAAGCAGUCAUCGCUGCGAGCAAGGCUGCCACUGCUGCUAGAGUUGCUGCAGUGAAAGCUGUUCAGAACAGGAUGGACGGGAAAUUUUGUGACACUGAUGUCUAAGAAUUAGAUGUUAGAUUUUGUUUGGAAUUGUAAUUGUACAUUUUUACUAAUUUUGAGUCCUUGGAAGAUGUCACCCCGGUGAGCAAAAGCUUGUUGGAGGUUGAAGAGAGUAUGUCUGUUUCACCACACUGUAACUUGUAUAUAAACCAUGUAUAUCAAUGAAAGAUGAAUUUGAUCAACUUGUUGCUCAACUUGUUUCUA